UUACAGCAAAACCUACAUAUGAAAUACCAAAAAUACCCUUCACCACAGCUCAUGGUUACUUGACAAGUGUAGUUCAAUUACCAACCGACCCCUAGAUCUCCUCCUAUUAUUAUCUUCCCUUGUCCGAAAUUUCACUUAUUUUAGAAUUUAUUAUUCAAUCAUCCAAUUUAACAUAUUUCUAUUUUCACACCCCCGAUUUCCAUGGCAGCUUUGAUCCAUUGUAGAAGAAAGCAGAAAGAAGGCGAUGGAAAUGGUAAUGGAAGCUGACAGUAAAAGCUAACAAUCGGAAUCGUGAACUCAAAGGAAUCUUCGCCAUUAAAUUAAAAACCCCCAAUUUCUUCAAACCCAAAUAAUAACAAUAAUAAUUGCAGUUGUUGGGGUUUGUUGGCGGAGGAGGAAGGGGCGCUGAAAACCUAGCUACCGGCAACUGAAAAUGAAGCAUCUCACGGCGUUGCAGCAGCAAGGUCGCCGGAGCACCAGCUACCGUAGCAGCGCGCCGUCGCCGUUGGACGCCACGGUGGAUGGGGCAAUCAAAUCGCCGGCGACGAUUUUCUGGCUAAUCGUCCACGGCCUCUGCUGCUUGAUCAGCUUACUCCUCGGAUUCCGAUUCUCCCGCCUCCUCUUCUUCCUCCUCCUCUCCACUUCUCCCUCCUCCUCCCCUACCACCACCGUAUACACCGCUCUCCAAACAACAUUGCCGUCGUCCUCCGCCGCCAAACCCCCGCCCGAUAGCAACAUCUCCGGCGGCGCCGCCGCCGGAAGCAGAGUGGUGGUGGGGAGGCACGGGAUACUGAUACGGCCGUGGCCGCAUCCGGAUCCGGCGGAGGUGAUGAAGGCUCACGGGAUAAUCGAGAGGGUUCAGGCGGAGCAGAGAUCUCAGUACGGGGUUAAGAAUCACAGAACUGUAAUCGCCGUCACCCCGACUUAUGUACGGACUUUUCAAACCCUGCAUCUCACCGGAGUUAUGCAUUCUCUGAUGAACGUUCCCUACGAUCUCAUCUGGAUCGUAGUCGAAGCGGGCCCCACCACCAACGAAACCGCCUCUCUGAUUUCCAAGUCCGGAUUGAAAACCAUCCACAUAGGAUUCGAUGCAAAAAUACCUCUUCUGUGGGAUGAUCGCCAUAAACUGGAAUCAAGAAUGAGAUUCCAUGCUCUAAGAGAGAUUAGGGAGAAAAGAUUAGACGGGAUUGUCGUAUUUGCCGACGAUAGUAACAUGCAUAGUUUGGAGUUGUUUGACGAGAUCCAAAAUGUGAAAUGGGUAGGUGCGUUUUCGAUCGGAAUUAUUGCUCAAUAUUCAGGGGAUUCCGAGGAAGGAGAAUACACAAUAGUACAAAGAGAGGACAAUAGUGAAAAGAAACCAUCACGAUUGCCAAUUCAAGGACCGGUGUGUAAUUCUUCGAACCAUUUUGUGGGGUGGCACGCAUUUGAUAAGGCGGCGUUUGUGGAGAGGAGUGCGAGGUAUGUCGGUGAUAGGGCGGUUGUGCUUCCGAGGGAGGUGGAGUGGGCGGGGUUUGUGUUGAAUUCGAGAUUGGUGUGGGAGGAAGAAAUGGAUAAGCCCGUUUGGGCUAAGGAGUGGGAAGAGGUCGCUAGGGAAGUGGAGGAAGUUGAAAGCCCGUUGGCGUUGUUGAAGGAUGGUUCGGUGGUGGAGCCGCUUGGUGGUUGUGGUCGGAAAGUUUUGCUGUGGUGGCUGCGCGUGGAGGCGAGGGCAGACAGCAAAUUUCCUCCUAGAUGGAUAAUCGACCCUCCGUUAGAAAUCACCGUCCCGGCAAAACGCACUCCAUGGCCGGAUGCUCCGCCCGAGCUCCCAUCUUCAAGUGAAAAAGUAGUCACUAUACCGGAGAUAACAGAGAGGCGCCCAACGAAAAAUGGGUCUAAAAGAAAACGCAGUUCUCGAAGCAAGAAAAAACAACGCGCCAAAGUUAUAGACGAGCAUGUUUCUACACAGAAUUCUCGAGAUAAUUAAUUUUAUUUUAUUUAUUUUGCAUCAGUGAUAUAUAUAUAUAUAUAUACCACUCUGUGCCAAAGAUCAGAUGCUCAGAGAGAGCCACAAAAGACAAGAAGACCCUCUGAUCUGGGUAGGUGAAUGAAUAUAUAUACAGGAAAAAGGGCAUUGUGUUUACAUAUAUUAUAUAUACAAAUACCCAGUUUAUAAUACAUACAUAUUUCCGCUUCAUUUAAUUUCAAUUUUCCUGGUUCAUAUAUUUUUUUUCCCUUGACUAGUUUUGUGGUGGUGUUGGUAAAGGGUUUUUUUAUUUAUUUAUUUUUAUUUAAUGUCA